CCGGGGAGAUCAGGCUGUACACAGCGAACCUGAGCCCGGAUCACCGGGGGGGUGGUGGGUGGGGGGGGAAUAGAGAGAGAGAGAGCCCUGGAGCAAUACAACUAUUGUGUGCACAGCCUGCCUAUCGCGAGAGUGUCCUCUUACCAACCAACCUGAACCUGCUGCUCCUCCAACAACACAGCGCUGCUAGGCUGCCACUAACACAGAGGAGGAGGGAGGUGACAGCAGCACACACAUCUGGGGGUCUCCAUGAAGCCGCAGGAUCCCCACAAACUCUGGCCUCCCCAGCACACUCCAGCACCAGGAUCCCCCACACCAGCCUGUUAUGAAGGAAGAAUGGAGUUUCCAGACCAUAGCCGACAGUUGCUGCAGUGUCUGAGUCAGCAACGUCACCAGGGUUUCCUGUGUGACUGUACUGUUUUAGUUGGGGAAGCGCAAUUCCAAGCCCACAGAGCCGUCCUGGCCUCCUGCAGCAUGUACUUCCAUCUCUUCUACAGGGACCAUCUAGACAAAAGGGACAUUGUCCAUCUGAACAGUGACAUUGUCACGGCCCCGGCCUUCAGUCUGCUCCUUCAAUUCAUGUACGAAGGCAAGCUGGAAUUCGGCAGCCUCCCGGUGGAGGACGUGUUGGCUGCCGCCAGCUACCUUCACAUGUAUGACAUUGUGAAAGUGUGCAAGGGCAAGCUUAAAGAGAAAGAAGUAAAAAACGGAGAGGACGGGUCCGAGCUGGAGAAGGACGGGCUCUCGGACGGCGAAGAGCUGCGGGGACGGGGCGGCGAAAAUAAAGAGAAGAACUUUGCGGCGGAGGACGCCCUGCCCGCUUGGUCGCCUGACUCCAUAGGUGUCAACUCGGCUCCCACCGAAGCUGUGUCGUGUAGGACAACAGCUGGAACAACAAAGGCCCGUGUCACCAGUUCCCCUUGCCCUUUGUCCCAGAGGUCUGCUAACCAUACACAGCCUCCGAGUGAUGGGGAUUGUGCUCUGGAUUUGUCUUUCAAGCCCGUGUCUGGGAAAGAUUCCUUCCACCCCUCCUACGUCUUUGGACAGCUGGCUUCCGACAGCCAGCAGCAGGGCACAGUGCCACUUGUUAAAGAUGAACAAGACUCGCUGUCAGAACAGGAGGACAGUCAGGCAAAGAGUCCAAAGAGUCAGCACAUCGGGAACCCGGCCAAAAGCCUCAUGACGGGGCUGGGACACAUGUUUGCAGGAAAUGGGAACUCGCACGUUCGGGAGGACGACUUGUACCGCGACGAAAGCGAGGACGACAUGGAUUCCUCGGACAUCUCCAGCUCGGGCGUUCUGGUCUCCCCGGGCCAGAUUUGCAUCUGCCCCCUUUGUAGUAAAGUGUUCCCCAGCCCCCACAUCCUUCAGCUCCACCUCAGCUCCCAUUUUCGGGACCGCGACGGCUCCCGCAUCAAAAUGUCCCCCGACGGCUCUGUUCCCACCUGCACGAUAUGUGGAAAGACCUUCUCCUGUAUGUACACGUUAAAGAGACAUGAACGCACGCAUUCGGGGGAGAAGCCCUAUACCUGUGCACAGUGCGGCAAGAGCUUCCAAUAUUCGCACAACCUCAGCCGCCAUGCGGUGGUGCACACGAGGGAAAAGCCACACGCCUGUAAAUGGUGUGAGAGACGGUUCACCCAGUCAGGUGACUUAUAUAGACACAUUCGUAAGUUUCACUGUGGCCUAGUGAAGUCCUUGGUUGUUUAGUAACGAAUGGGGGCUUAUCCGGGAAGCCGUGGGCCUAGUUCAGUAAGUUUUAGCAACCAAUCAGAAGUCAUCCUUUAGCGGACUUGUCUUCGGUAUUGUCUGGUUGUUAUGGGUUACUGGACGUUUCCCAUUGUGUUGGCUUUUUACCUCUUCUUAUUGCAUAAGUCCACUAAUGUUAUUUUCCUUCAGCUGAACUCUGUAAUAAUCUCAAUGGUACGGCAUAUCAAACUGAAGCCCUCGCUUCCGCUGCAGCUUAACACGUGCGCUUGGCGGCAGAUUAUGCAGGUGGGAAGUCCCAUGCUAAGCAAUGAGAGGCUGACAGCGGCGGCAGGCAUGUAACGAUUAUCUGUGGAUGACCCCCCCCCGGGCGCAAACCAUUUGUGCCCAGGGGCGAUCAGAUCAGCCACAGGUAAGUCAGAUUGUAUGUGAAUGGCUCUGCCUGCUGUCAUCUCGCCCGCAGGAAGUCAUAGUCGCCCCCUUCAGUUGUUCGCAUGUAAUUACACAUGUUGUGAUUAUCUGUAGAGGAUUGGCCCUGGACACAGACCGUGUUGUAUCUAGGGCCAAUCAUUCACAGGUAAUUGCUACAGUGCCAAAGUAUAUGCGAAUAGCUGGGGCCGCUGUUGGCCAGCUUGCCGCUGUUUGCAGAAACCCUGCAGGAAAUUGUAAUCUGCCCUUAAACGCACGUGUGUGAAUGGGGCCCAAAACUCAUUUUUUCUGUUUGAUAAAUUUAAUAUUGUGUGUGACAAUGGCAGAAUACUCCAAUAUAAGUUUGUAUUUAUUACCCGUUUUGUUCCUCUGAGCUUGUGCAGGCUUUGUAUAGGGGGAAUGUAGAUGCUAGUAAGCCCUAUACAUCAAAACCGCAGUAACCCACCACAGCCAAUCAGCAGACAUCUAUGAACUGAGUUACCUUCAGUAAACUGAAAUCCUAUUGGCUGCAAUGGAUCACUUCUCCUUGACUGUCUUCUGUGCCCCUUGUUUUAUUGAAUAAGCCCCAGGCACAUCCUGGGGUCGGCGUAUCCAUGUUUUCAUCCAAGAUUGACACAUACUUGAGAUUCACGCAUUAAUCAGUUCAAGAAUUGUGUGAAUCUUGGGUGAAAAUCCCUAUGUUAAGCAGUGCAAAUGGUAUUUAUAAGCACUAACCUCUAUUGGCUUCAUUAAUAUGUUUAGAGCUCACCACACGUGUUACAAUCUGAUGGUAGAUCUGAAGAAGAUUGUACAAACAGCUAUGUAGUGCAAGGGCCUGCCCGAUUGGCUACAAAUUGAUCCUUCUGUUGCACAAGGUUGAUUGUAUAAUCCCUUUAAAUCUACAUUUAGCCUCUGUUCACACCAGUGCGACUUCCGAUUUUACAAAUCGCACCUGAAACCACAUCUAAUGUCUUUCUAUGGCACGAGGUGCGAUUUCAAGUAGAGCGAUAUAAAUAAUAGUUCCUGCACUAUUUUUCGCAAUUUAAUUUGUGACUUGUAUUGCCACCUGUGCAUGAAAUCGCACAGAUGUCGGCAAGCUGCAGAUGAAAUUGCACUGUCUUGCGGCUUUGUAAUUGCGCUGAAGUAGUGCAAUUUUAAAGCCACAUUCAGUGUGAACAGGGGCCUACCAAAAUUAUGAAAUAGGACAAACCUAUCCAAUCCAUUUCUAUCCAGCUGCACAGGCCUUUAUAUUACAUAGUUGUUGUAGAUCUAAAGGGGAUUGUAUAAUAAGAUUGUAUAGUGUAUGGCCAGCUUAAGGCAUACCAUACAUGUUACUAUCUGACUGUACAAGCUAUGUUUACUCAACUUUAGACCUACCAGACCUAUGUAAUAUAAAGGUGAGGCAGGCCCUUGCACUACGUAUAUCUUGGUAGAUCUAAAGGGGGUUGUAUAGUGCAGUGAUGGCAAACCUUGG